AUGGUAAUAGAUAAUAAUACUUUAAAAAUUUUACUAUAACUAGAAGCUAGAUUUCACGAGAAACUUUAUAAUUUAGAUCAUGUAAAUCAAAUGUUAGAAAUUUACUCAGAUUUUGUGUAAAUAUUUGAUACAUAGAGGUGUGCAUUAAGAGAGUAUUUCCUAGAAAAAAUAUAAUUUUUGAUUAGCAGACCUGAAACAAUUUUGUUAUUAAAGAAACAAAAUGCUCUAGCUUCACCUGAAUAAAGUUAAAAAGUUUAGGGUAGAAUGAGAUUUAGUGUUUAUAAAAGAACCUAAGUUAAUGAAAUGAAGAUUUAAUAAGAAUUAUAGAACAAUGAACAAAAUUAAACAUAAAAUAUGAAUGAAUUACUUUAGGAGUAUGAUAAAGUAUAAUAGAAUAUAGAGAAAUAAAUUAUUGAGUCUUUGAAUAAUCAGGAUGAACUCUUAGAAAAAAGAAAGAUGAAUAGAAAAUUGAGAACUUAAGUAAUGAUAAAAUCAACUUCUACAGAUAAUAUUUAUUAAAAAUAGAUAUAAAAUGAAAACGAUAAUAUUGAAAAGAUAAUAUUAGCUAAUGAAGGAUCUUCAAACAAUUAUAAAACAGAUGUUAUAUUAAAUGAAGAAGAUUAGGAAAAAUGAUUAUAGAAUAUAUGCA